AAAGGCUUGCAGAGUUAGACAUUUAAAUAGACUCAUCUGGAUUCACAGGAAUAAAGUAGAAACAUCAAGCAAAAAGAACAUUUUAUUUUCUUUUGUAUUGGGACACAAUGGGUGCUGGUCGAGCCAUGACUGUUUUGUUAACCAUUUUGGCUGUUGCAAAAAUAGAAAACGUGACAACAACAACUGGUUCAACUGUGGAUACAACACCAGAAACUGCGGCAACAACAACAACUGUUUCAACUGCGUCAACAACAACAGAAAAUGUGGCAACAACAACAACUGGUUCAACUGUGGGAACAACAACAGAAACUGUGGCAACAACAACUGGUUCAACUGCCCCAACAACAACAACAGCAACUACAGCAUCAACAACAACUGAAGGUACAGCUGAAACUGCAGAAACAACAGAAACUACAGCAUUAACAACAACUGAAGGUACAACUGCAACUACAGCAGCUACAGCAUCAACAACAAGUGAAGGUACAACGGCAACCACAGCCUUAACAACAACUGAAGGCACAACAGCAACCACACCAUCAACAACUACUGAAGGUACAACGGCCACUACAGAAUCAACAACAGCUGAAGAUUCAACAGCAACUGCAGAAACAACAAUAACUACAUAUUCAACAACAACUGAAGGUUCAACUGCAACUACAGCAUCAACAACUACUGAAGGUACAACUGAAACUACAGAAAGAACAGCAACUAUAGCAUCAACGACAAGUGAAGGUUCAACUGCAACUACAGAAACAACAGCAACUACAGAAACAACAGCAACUACAGCAUCAACAACAAUUGAAGGUACAACGGCAACCACAGCCUUAACAACAACUGAAGGCACAACAGCAACUAUAGCAUCAACAACUACUGAAGGCACAACAGCAACCACACCAUCAACAACUACUGAAGGUACAACGACCACUACAGAAUCAACAACAACUGAAGAUUCAACAGCAACUGCAGAAACGACAGUAACUACAUAUUCAACAACAACUGAAGGUUCAACUGCAACUACAGAAACAACAGCAACUACAGAAUCAACAACAACGGAAGGUGCAACUGCAACUACAGCAGCUACAGCAUCAACAACAAGUGAAAGUACAACAGCAACCACAGCCUUGACAACAACUGAAGGUACAACAGCAACUACAGCAUCAACAACUACUGAAGGUACAACUGAAACUACAGAAAGAACAGCAACUAUAGCAUCAACAACAAGUGAAGGUUCAACUGCAACUAAAGAAACAACAGCAACUACAGAAACAACAACAGCUGAAGGUACAACGGCAACCACAGCAUUAACAACGACUGAAGGUUCAACUGCAACUACAGAAACAAAGGCAACAACAGUUUCUGAAGCAACUACAGCAUCACCAACAACUGAAGGUUCAACUGCAAGUACAGCAUCAACAACAACUGAAGGUACAACAGUCACUACAGCACAAACAACAACUGAAGUUUUAACUGAAACUGCAGAAACAACAGCAAUUACAGCAUCAACAACAACUGAAGGUUCAACUGCAACUACAGAAACAACAGCAACUGCAGCAUCAACAACAACUGAAGGUACAGCUGAAACUACAGAAACAAUAGCAACUACAGCAUCAACAACAAUUGAAGGUACAACGGCAACCACAGCCUUAACAACAACUGAAGGCACAACAGCAACUAUAGCAUCAACAACUACUGAAGGCACAACAGCAACCACACCAUCAACAACUACUGAAGGUACAACGGCCACUACAGAAUCAACAACAACUGAAGAUUCAACAGCAACUGCAGAAACAACAGUAACUACAUAUUCAACAACAACUGAAGGUUCAACUGGAAGUACAGAAACAACAGCAACUACAGAAUCAACAACAACGGAAGGUGCAACUGCAAGUACAGAAACAACAGUGACUACAGCAUUAACAACAACUGAAGGUUCAACUGCAACUACAGAAACAACAGCAACUACAGCAUUAACAACAACUGAAGGUACAACAGCAAGAAAUGCAGCUACAGCAUCAACAACAACUGAAGGUACAACGACAACCACAGCCUUAACAACAACUGAAGGCACAACAGAAACUACACCAUCAACAACUACUGAAGGUACAACUGAAACUACAGAAACAACAGCAACUUCAGCAUCAACAACAGCUGAAGGUUCAACUGCAACUACAGAAACAAGAGCAACUACAGCAUCAACAACAAUUGAAGAUACAACGGCAACCACAGCCUUAACAACAACUGAAGGCACAACAGCAACUAUAGCAUCAACAACUACUGAAGGCACAACAGCAACCACACCAUCAACAACUACUGAAGGUACAACGGCCACUACAGAAUCAACAACAACUGAAGAUUCAACAGCAACUGCAGAAACAACAGUAACUACAUAUUCAACAACAACUGAAGGUUCAACUGCAACUACAGAAACAACAGCAACUACAGAAUCAACAACAACGGAAGGUGCAACUGCAACUACAGCAGCUACAGCAUCAACAACAAGUGAAAGUACAACAGCAACCACAGCCUUGACAACAACUGAAGGUACAACAGCAACUACAGCAUCAACAACUACUGAAGGUACAACUGAAACUACAGAAAGAACAGCAACUAUAGCAUCAACAACAAGUGAAGGUUCAACUGCAACUACAGAAACAACAGCAACUACAGAAACAACAGCAACUACAGAAACAACAACAGCUGAAAGUACAACGGAAACCACAGCAUUAACAACAACUGAAGGUUCAACUGCAACUACAGAAACAAAGGCAACAACAGUUUCUGAAGCAACUACAGCAUCAACAACAACUGAAGGUACAACAGCAACCACAGGCUUAACAAUGACUGAAGGUACAACUGAAAGUACAGAAACAACUGCAACUACAGAAACAACAGCAACUACAGCAUCAACAACAAGUGAAGGUACAACAGCAACCACAGCCUUAACAACAACUGAAGGUACAACAGCAAAUACAGCAUCAACAACAACUGAAGGUACAACAGCAACCACAGCCUUAACAAUGACUGAAGGUACAACUGAAAGUACAGAAACAACUGCAACUACAGAAACAACAGCAACUACAGCAUCAACAACAAGUGAAGGUACAACAGCAACCACAGCCUUAACAACAACUGAAGGUACAACAGCAACUACAGCAUCAACAACAACUGAAGGUACAACUGAAACUACAGAAAGAACAGCAACUAUAGCAUCAACGACAAGUGAAGGUUCAACUGCAACUACAGAAACAACAGCAACUACAGUUUCUGAAGCAACUACAGCAUCACCAACAACUGAAGGUUCAACUGCAAGUACAGCAUCAACAAAAACUGAAGGUACGACGGCAACCACAGCAUUAACAACAACUGAAGGUUCAACUGCAACUACAGAAACAAAGGCAACAACAGCUCCUGAAGCAACUACAGCAUCACCAACAACUGAAGUUUCAACUGCAAGUACAGCAUCAACAACAACUGAAGGUACGACGGAAACCACAGCAUUAACAACAACUGAAGGUUCAACUGCAACUACAGAAACAAAGGCAACAACAGUUUCUGAAGCAACUACAGCAUCACCAACAACUGAAGGUUCAACUGCAAGUACAGCAUCAACAACAACUGAAGGUACGACGGCAACCACAGCAUUAACAACAACUGAAGGUUCAACUGCAACUACAGAAACAAAGGCAACAACAGUUCCUGAAGCAACUACAGAAUCAACAACAACGGAAGGUACAACUGCAACUACAGCAGUUACAGCAUCAACAACACGUGAAGGUACAACAGCAACCACAGCCUUAACAACAACUGAAGGCACAACAGCAACUACACCAUCAACAACAACUGAAGCCUCAACUGGAAGUACAGAAACAACAGCAACUACAGAAUCAACAACAACGGAAGGUACAACUUCAACAACAGCAGUUAAAGCAUCAACAACAACUGAAGGUACAACAGCAACUACACCAUCAACAACUGAAGGCACAGCUGCAAGUACAGAAUCAACAACAACUAAAAGUUUGACUGCAACUACAGAAACAACAGCAACUACAGCACUAACAACAACUGAAGGUACAACAUCAACCACAGCCUCAACAACUAGUGUAGGUACAACUGAACCUACAAAAACAUCAGCAACUACAUUGUCAACGACAACUGAAGGUUCAACUGCAACUACAGCAUCAACAACAACUGAAGGUACAAGAACAACUACAACAUCAACAACAACUGAAGGUUCACAUGCAACUACAGAAACUACAGCAACAAAAGAAACAGCAACUACAGUAACUGAAGCAACUACAGCAUCAAUUACAACUGAAGGUUCAACUGCAACUACAGAAACAACAGGAACUACACAUUCAACAACAACUGAAGGUUUAACUGCAACUAUCGCAACAACUGGCAGAGUAACUACGGCAACUGAAGCUCCAACAACAGCAAUUAUAACGUCAACAACUGAAGGUUCAACUGCAACUACAGAGACAACAGCAAUUGCAGUUUUAAAAACUGAAGUUUCAAGUGCAACUACAGCAACCACAACGGCUACAACAACAGCAGCAGCAACAACAACAACAACAACAACAACAACAACAACAACAACAACAACAACAAAGCCACUUGAACCUUUCUACCAGGCAAGAUUUCCUUCGUUCCGCUUCAUCACCGUGACUGCAUUCAGUAAUGGGUCCAUUGUCAAUGACAUGGACAUUGGAUUUGCAUUGUCACUGGUCCCUAAUGCGAAUGAGAUUGCGCAAGUUUUGAUUGAUGCAGCCAAGAAGACACCCUUUGACAUUGAAACCAGUUCUAUAUUUGUGAACGGCACACUGGUCAAAUUCUUCACCCCAGUGAAGAAGUAA